AUGGGAAAGCUAGUUUUCAAGGGAGACAAGCCGCAAAAGAAAAAAAGGAAGGUCAAAACUGAAGAUGAGGUAAUUAACAGAGAUUCUGAAGAAGAGCAUAAAAGUUUGGAGAAUGCCACAGGAUGGAUAACAUCUAACUCACUCAAUGAUUUAACUGGCCCUUGCAUACUACUUCUGGUGUCAGAUGAUAAAAAUGGGAAGAUUAUAACAUUUAAUCCUGAUUUAGACUGCUUUGAACUAACUAAACGGUAUGAUAUCGUACGGAAUCCAUAUGAAUUCUCGGAGACUCAGAUAGGCGAUUAUCCUGAGUAUCAUAUGGCCGAGCCUAGUGUCUCGACUCAGGUAUUUAUUAUUUCGAGCAUUAGCGCAGCUUCAAAGACGUUACCGGAAAGUGUUGGUGCAAGGAAGGGAAUUGCCAAGUCUUUCUCACUUAAAGCGAAUACGCAAUAUUUUUCAGCAAGCCAAACUACAUGGGAGCCUAGCAUAUCUCCAACUGUAAGCGACCUUUCACUUUUUCAGUUCACUCCUCACACUAAGACGAAUGAGAAGUUUGGGCUAGGGGAGACAUUCUGGACUAUCACAAUCUUGAAUGGGAAGCGAACUUUAGUAAAUCAGGAGGGUCGUCUUGUGUUUGCACCAACUGUUGACGUAUCUGAGAAGGAUUUGGACAAAUUCUUGGUUAGGAUUCAGAUCAAAAACCUGCAGAAGUAUAAGAAGUUCCUUCUAGCUCAGGAAGAGGAAAAAGGAAAUGAUAUCAAGCAAAUAUUGAAGGAUUUAUAUAAAGAAACGAAGGGCAAGAUUAAAAUUACCGACGAUCUAGUAAAGAGACUUAAGGAUUCAAUUAAGUCAGGAAACUUGAAUGAACAGUUAUUAGAAGAAAAAUCUAGAAUUUCAUCUAGAUGGUAA